GCGAGGUCAGCCGGGGUCGCCGCGGCCCGGGGACCCGGCCACCCCCGCCCGUCAGGCCUGCGAUUCGAGUGAGGGGGAGGAACCGGGCAUGGCCCCCUGAGGGGCCCCCCGGGGCAGAGGGCGCAGGCGCGGGGAGGGCAUGGAGCCCCGAGAGGAGCAGGGCGAGCCGAGCGAAGGGGGCGACCAGGGGGCCUGGGGGAAGGAGAAGGGCCCUCCGGGGGAUCAGGCCGACUGCGGGGCCCGGGGGGAGAAGGGCGAGCGGGGGGCCCGCGGCACACGGGGGGAGCAGGGAGACGGCGGGGAGCGCGUCCCCAGGGCUGCCAGGGGCGAGCGGGGGGCCAGGGGCGAGAGGGCAGAGCCGGGCGAUGGGGGUCCCCGGGGCCUGCGGGCGCUGCGAGAGGCGGAUCGGGGCUCGUGGGGGGCCGAGCCGGGCGACUGGGGGGAGCGGGGGCCGCCUUGGGCCGGCGGGGAGCCGGAGCCCCCCCUGCCCCCGGAGGACUUCUUGCCGCCUCCCGAGUGCCCCGUCUUUGAGCCCAGCUGGGCGGAAUUCAGCGACCCUCUGGGUUACAUUGCCAAAAUCCGGCCCAUCGCGGAAAAAAGUGGCAUCUGCAAGAUACGCCCCCCUGCUGACUGGCAGCCUCCCUUUGCUGUGGAAGUGGAUAACUUCCGGUUUACCCCACGGAUACAGAGGCUCAAUGAAUUGGAGGCACAGACCAGGGUGAAAUUGAACUACCUGGACCAGAUUGCCAAGUUUUGGGAGAUCCAAGGCUCCUCGCUGAAAAUCCCCAACGUAGAGAGGCGAAUUCUUGAUUUGUACAGCCUAAGCAAAAUCGUGAUGGAGGAAGGUGGAUAUGAAGCCAUCUGUAAGGACCGCCGGUGGGCACGAGUGGCCCAACGCCUUUCUUAUCCAUCAGGAAAGAACAUCGGCUCUCUUCUUCGCUCCCACUAUGAGCGCAUAAUUUACCCUUAUGAAAUGUACCAGUCGGGUGCCAAUCUGGUGCAGUGCAACACCCACCCAUUUGACAACGAGGAGAAGGACAAGGAGUAUAAGCCUCACAGCAUCCCAUUGCGUCAGUCAGUGCAGCCUUCAAAGUUCAACAGCUAUGGGCGCCGGGCCAAGCGUCUGCAGCAGGAGGAAUCCGAAUCGUGCCCUGAAUCUGUCAGCACCCCAGCUCUGGUACCCGAGCAAGCGCCUCAAGCAUGGCCGGAGCCAACAGAAGAAGACAUCGAGAAGAACCCAGAGCUGAAGAAACUGCAGAUCUACGGCGCUGGCCCCAAAAUGAUGGGCUUGGGGCUCGUGGCCAAAGACAAAAACAUGCGCAAAAAAGACAAAGAGAUGCCAGAGUGCCCUCCUACAGUGAUAGUAAAAGAGGAGGCCCCUGUUCCCGAGACGAAACUGGAGCCCGCCUCUCCCCGUGGCUAUGCAAAUAUGAAAGAGGAGCUGAGGCACAGUCCAGAGCCUUGCACCAAGAUGACCAUGCGUCUGCGUCGCAACCACAACACUCAGUUUAUCGAGUCGUACGUUUGUCGGAUCUGCGCACGGGGGGACGAGGACGACAAGCUGCUGCUGUGCGACGGCUGCGAUGACAACUACCACAUCUUCUGCCUCUUGCCACCCUUGCCUGAGAUCCCCAAAGGCAUCUGGAGGUGCCCCAAAUGCGUCAUGGCGGAAUGCAAGCGGCCCCCAGAGGCAUUUGGUUUUGAGCAGGCCACUCGGGAGUACACGCUGCAGAGCUUUGGGGAGAUGGCCGAUUCCUUCAAAGCUGACUACUUCAACAUGCCUGUACAUAUGGUGCCCACGGAAUUUGUGGAAAAGGAGUUCUGGCGCCUGGUGAACAGCAUUGAAGAGGACGUGACCGUGGAGUAUGGUGCUGACAUCCACUCCAAGGAGUUUGGAAGCGGCUUCCCCAUCAAUGACGGCAAGAGGAAGCUCUCCCCUGAGGAGGAGGAAUACGCAGCCAGCGGUUGGAACCUCAACGUGAUGCCGGUCCUGAAGCAGUCGGUGCUGUGCCACAUCAACGCCGAUAUUUCGGGCAUGAAGGUGCCGUGGCUCUACGUGGGCAUGGUCUUCUCUGCUUUCUGCUGGCACAUUGAAGAUCAUUGGAGUUACUCAAUUAACUACCUCCAUUGGGGUGAGCCCAAGACUUGGUAUGGUGUCCCAUCUUUUGCUGCCGAACAUCUGGAAGAUGUCAUGAAGAAAUUAACCCCGGAACUGUUUGAGAGCCAGCCAGACCUGUUGCACCAGUUGGUGACACUCAUGAACCCCAACACACUCAUGGCUCACGGAGUCCCGGUGGUCCGCACCAAUCAGUGCGCUGGAGAGUUUGUCAUUACCUUCCCUAGAGCUUAUCACAGCGGUUUCAACCAGGGCUACAACUUUGCGGAAGCAGUCAACUUCUGCACUGCUGACUGGUUGCCAGCCGGUCGCCAGUGCAUUGAGCACUACCGGCGACUCCGCCGCUACUGUGUCUUCUCGCAUGAGGAGCUGAUCUGCAAGAUGGCCGCCUGUCCGGAAAAGCUCGACCUGAAUUUGGCGGCAGCUGUGCAUAAGGAGAUGUUCAUCUUGGUGCAGGAGGAGCGCAAACUACGGAAGGCUCUCCUUGACAAGGGUAUCACCGAGGCAGAACGAGAGGCCUUUGAGCUGCUCCCAGACGACGAGCGUCAGUGUGAUAAGUGCAAAACGACCUGCUUCCUCUCGGCACUGGCUUGCUACGACUGUCCGGAUUGCCUCGUCUGCCUCUACCACAUCGAUGACUUGUGCAAAUGCCCUAGCAACAGACAGUACCUCAGGUAUCGGUACACCCUGGAUGAGCUCCCAACUAUGUUACACAAGUUGAAAGUUCGGGCAGAGUGCUUUGAUACCUGGGCUAACAAGGUUCGGAUUGCUCUGGAAGUCGAAGAUGGACGCAAGAGAACCUUGGAAGAGCUACGCGCCUUGGAGUCGGAGGCACGGGAGAGGAAGUUCCCCGAAAACGAGCUGCUUCACCGGCUCAAGUCCUGUUUAAGUGAAGCUGAGAAGUGUGUCUCGGAGGCUCUGGGUCUGUUAAGCAGCCAAGAGACUGGGGAAGCGGCCGUCCAUAUGACAGUGGAGGAGUUGCGUGCCUUCCUGGAGCAAAUGAGCAACUUGCCUUGCGUCAUACACCAGAUCAAGGAAGUCCAGGGCCUGCUAGAGAAAGUGGAAGCCUUCCAAGUGGACGUCCAGGAGGCCCUGCAGGAUCUCCCCGGCAACUCCCCAGAGCUUCACAAGCUGCUCGCCCAGGGGACGCAGCUAGGGGUGGAAGUGCCUGAGAUGGAGCUGCUGGAGCGGCAGGUGCAACAGGCUGUCUGGCUGGAGGAGGUGAAGCAGACACUGCGUUCUCCCCAGGAGAAAGUCACCCUCUCUGUGAUGAGGGCGCUCAUCACCUCUGGCUGUGGGGUGGCCGCCAGUCCCGCCGUGGACAAGGCCAUGGCUGAGCUGCAAGAGCUGCUGACCAUUGCAGAGCGCUGGGAGGAGAAGGCCCAGAUGUGCUUGGAGGCCAGGCAAAAGCACCCGCCUGCCACCCUAGAGGCCAUCAUCAAGGAAGCUGAAAACAUCCCGGUGCACCUGCCCAACAUCCUGUCCCUCAAGGAGGCGCUUUCCAAAGCCCAGGCGUGGAUUGCGGACAUGGAGGAGAUCCAGAACGGGGACCAUUACCCCUGCCUGGACGACCUGGAGGGGCUCGUGGCCGUGGGCAGGGAUUUGCCAGUCUGCUUGGAGGAGCUGCGCCACCUCGAGGUGCAAGUGACCACCGCCCACUCCUGGCGGGAGAAAGCCUCCAAGACUUUCCUCAAGAAGAACUCCUGCUACAUGUUGCUCGAGGUGCUGUGUCCAUGUGCCGACGCCGACUCUGACAGUGUCAAACGCACCAAAUGGCAGCGGGAGAGGGAGCCGGGCCUGUACAAAUCCGAUACAGAGAGUCUGGGCCUCUCGGCACAAGAACUCCGGGAUCCUGGCUCUGUUAUCCUGGCCUUCAAAGAGGGUGAGCAGAAGGAGAAAGCAGGGAUCCUCUGCCUUCGCCAGUCCAAUGCUCAGAAGCCCGUGCCGUCGGCUCACAGUCCUCCUGGGGGGCAGUACUGUGUGUGUUCCCAGCCCCCAAGCCCUGCCAUGCUGCAGUGUGAACUGUGCCAGGACUGGUUCCACACCACCUGUGUGGCUUGGCCCCGCCUGGGCACCCCCCGCCCCUCUCCAGCAUGGUGGGAAUGGGAAGCCAAGUUCCUCUGCCCACUGUGCCAGCGCUCCCGCCGGCCCCGCCUGGAGACGAUACUGGCACUGCUUGUGGCUCUGCAGAAGCUGCCCGUGCGGCUACCCGAGGGAGAGGCCUUGCAGUGCCUGACAGAACGAGCCAUUACGUGGCAGGACCGGGCCCGCCAGCUCCUUGCCUCCUCUGAAGUUACAGCCGCCUUGGAGUGUUUGGCAGCGCUACGGCAGCGGCUGCUCGGGGACCCGGCCAAGGAGGCAGGAGCACUCAAAGAGAGUAGCUGCAAUGAACAGACCAAGGUUUCCUUGGAGAACGGGGACUCUGCAGCACCAGAAAAGAAUGGCUCCUAUGCCUCAGACCUGGAGACACUCUGCUCGUACCUGCCGCGGCUGCAGGGCCCUGUGCUGGAGCUGCCAGAGGCAACUCGUCACUCCCUGGAGGAGCUGCUAAUGGAGGGGGAUCUUCUGGAGGUGACGCUGGACGAGAGCCAGAGCAUCUGGCGCCUGCUGCAGGCUGCCUGCGCCCCCCAAACCGACAAGUUCCGCCAGCUGCUCGAACUGGAGCAAGCGGAGCGGCGGGCCACCCGUGCGCGGGGCCGAGAGACGGAGCGGCGGCGGAAGCGCAAGACGGAUCGCAGCGACUACCCCACCCUGCCCAAGGAGGAAUUAGAGCCAAAGAAGAUCCGGGGGACAGACUCAGCGCUGACCCAGGGUGGGGCCCCUCCUUCAGCAGGCACAGAUUGCAGCCACAAUGGAGUUGGGUUGUGACAGCUGGAAGAUGCCUGGAUUUCCCCUUCCUGGACUGUACUGCACUGCAAGGGACUCGGGCAGCCCCAUGCCACCCUGUUGGUUUAACUCACACUCUGCAUGGGGGGCACCCAGCCCCGGAAGCUGGGGGCUGCAGCUUCCCCCACCCCCGCCGGGACUCCGCACUGGCCCUGCACUGGACUCUGUUCAGACGAUGUUAAUAUUUUCAUUUUCCUUUUUUCCCUCCUUUUGUAUUGUUGAUACCUCGGCAGGGGGAGGCAUGGCAGAGGGGGUCAUCGCGGUUGCGAGGACAGGGCCUGCCUGUUUUCCCUUGGCGGAAGCAGUGGAGAGCACCUCCCUGCCCCCAUGCAGACUAGAGCCUUGCAGAGACCUCAAAGCAGGCAGGAAGCCAGCAGUGUGCCCCGGCUCUUCGCUUCAGACAGAAAAUGGAGCCAGGCCCCCCUCAAGGGCAGCAGCAGCCUUCCCAUACCAGCAUUCCCUGGGCACAAACAGGGGUGGCGCCCCCUGUUGGACAGAGGGACAGCUCUCUUGGAACAUCCCUAACCCCCCUGGUAAUGGUUGGGUUUUAUAGGAAUUGGGUAACCACUGUUCUUUUUUGCGGGGUGGUGGAAAGGGCAAGGAAUCUUCCAGUUCCACUCCAGCCUCUUUUCUGCCCCACUUUCCCACCCCACCCCCCACGUUAUGGGCCCCAGGCUGCCUCAGGCUCUGACACUAAAGUCUUUGGUCUCUCUUUUUAGUGUUUCUUUUCCCAUUUUUUUUUCUCCAGUGGGGGGAGGGGGCGGGCUGUUGGGGGUAGGGCAGGGUGUGUUAUUUUAUUGUAUUAUGAUUUUUUUAUUAUUAUUAAACUUUGGAGGUUA